AUGACAAUAACCCAAUCGAUCCUGGUAUUACGGCACGUAUACGCGUCCGCCGUGCAGCUGUGCAGGUGCUGUGCAGGUGCUGAGCAGAGCGGACAGCGUGGUUAGCGAGCGCGAUGGCCGACCCAACGCAGUCCCACGCCAGUCCCACGGCCUCCCACGGCCUCCCACGGCCUCCCACGGCCUCCCACGCCCCACUAGGCCAGUACUAGGCCCCACCAUCACGUGCACCAGCGUGCACCUUCUCCUAGCUCCUCCUGCCGCGCUGCGGGUCAAGGCCAGCCGCUGCCAGCGGAGACCCCGCGGGGCUAGAAUCGCCCUCAGACCACUCAAGGCCCACGUUUAGGUUCAUCCGCGACUACCUCGGGCCCCGGACGGCCGUGUGCAUCCCAAGGCCCUAUACUGGAAGUGCUCAAGGACGAACGCGACCGGACACUUUCAAGCACGUGCUGCUCGCAGGGCAAGGUGCAGCAGUGGUGCAGCUACCUCUCCCUCCUCUGCCCAAUCCCGAGUAUCGACAGCUACUUGAAGGCUCAGAUAGCGGUCAGUUGCUCCGUCCAACCAUAUUUUUCUACAGCAGACCCACAUGCUGAGCUGUGCGACAAUUUCCCCACGCGCACAGAAACUGAAGCAUUCCGGGAAUCCGCGAGCACGCUCGAUCAUACAACAGCGCGCUAUUGUUCACUUCGCUCGCUGCUCACUUUGACCAGACCCUCGUGUUCGCGUGUUCGGUCGCUUUUACCAUCGACUUGGUGCCCUGAUCCCUGCCAUCAAUCAGAGCCCAGCCCUUGCCCACCUCAUGGACCCGUCACCCGGCCGAGGCCACCGGCACUCGACUUGGACCCGACGGCGCAGACAUUCGCAAACAAAGAUCUACUUUGACCAAGCUCAGUCCCUGUGGCAUAUCGGCAAUCGCUUAUGAGGGAGUUCGCAUCGGCCAAAGCUCGCGCAGAUUGGGAUGCGGCCAUAGAGUGGGUCCUGAGGGGUCCUGCGCCUCUGCCUACCACCACGCCUAGCCCUGCCUAGACUGACGCACCCACAACCUCCCACAACCUUCCUACGUCAAGCACGGAAAUGGCGAUGCUUAUCUGCGAUUCCGACACCAACACGGGAGACCGUGGACCGCAAGGUUUGUCCCUUUCAGGUUCACGGUCAUCGAUGUCCAGACGGUCGGCCCCAGGACCAAGUCCUCAGCUCGCUCCGUCCGUCCCCGAUGGCUCUCCGUUAUACACUACUAUUCACCGCAGAAGAUUGCUUCCACAACAACCUUACUCUUUACGGAGUCAAUCAAGUUGGGCCGCCGAUCGCCAGAAAACCACAGCAGAUCGACAAUGGUGUACAAUUACGCGAGGUUCCUGCCGGUCUCGGUCUGGAUGAUGAAAACGAAUAG